GGAAGAAUGGAUACAGGAAAUUGCUCAGCCAUGAAUGAAUUCAUUUUUGUGGGAGUUACCAAUAACCCUGAGAUGAAAGUGACACUAUUCGCCUUAUUUCUACUCAUCUAUCUCAUCAAUCUUCUGGGGAACCUUGGCAUGAUCAUUUUGAUCAGGAUGGAUCCCCAGCUCCACACACCCAUGUACUUCUUCCUCAGCCACCUCUCUUUCUGUGACCUCUGCUACUCCACUGCAAUUGGACCCAAGAUGCUGGCUGACAUAUUUGGCAAGGACAAGUCAAUUCCCUUUUGGGGCUGUGCUCUGCAGUUCUUCAUUUCCUGUACAUUUGCAGAUUCUGAAUGUGUGCUACUGGCAGUGAUGGCUUUUGACCGCUACCAGGCCAUCAGCAACCCCUUGCUCUACACAGUGAACAUGUCCAGCAGGCUGUGCUCUCUAUUCAUGGCUGGGGUUUACAUGGUGGGAACGGCAGAUGCUUUGAUACAUACCACCUUGGCAUUCCGCUUAUGUUUCUGUGGGUCUAAUGAGAUUAACCAUUUCUUUUGUGAUUUACCCCCACUAUAUGUCCUUUCCUGUUCAGAUACUCAAGUCAAUGAGCUGGCGUUAUUCAUUAUUUACGGUUUCCUUGAACUGAGCACCAUCUCAGGAGUCCUUGUCUCCUAUUGUUACAUCAUCUUAUCAGUCAUGAAGAUCCGCUCUGCUGAAGGGAGGUUCAAAGCUUUCUCCACCUGCACCUCCCACCUGACUGCAGUUGCCAUUUUCCAAGGAACUCUACUUUUCACCUAUUUUCGUCCAAGUUCUUCUUACUCCCUAGAUCAAGACAAAAUGACAUCUCUGUUUUACACCCUUGUGAUUCCCAUGCUAAACCCUUUGAUUUAUAGUCUGAGGAACAAGGAUGUGAAAGAGGCUCUGGAAAAACUUAUAAGUAAAAGCUGCUUUUAA